UAUCUCAUUUAACUCAUUUCAAAUCCACAGAAGAAAUCCAGUAUCAUCUGAGCUUGAAUUUCCAUAUCAGAAACCAAACCAACAUCAUCAUCUCCUUCUUUCCGUCUCCCAAGCUCAGAUUAACUAAAUUUCUUACCUUUUUCGUCUCUCUAUUUCAUAUUACAAAAUAUUAAACCCCACUUUCCAUCUCAAGCUCUCUAAGCAACUGCUUUGAUUUUACUAGCUCAUAAAGGUUAAAUAAUUAAAGAUGAAUGAUUUAAUGACCAAAUCCUUCAUCAGUUAUGUAGACCUAAAGAAGGAAGCCAUGAAAGAUCUAGAAGCUGGACCUGACCCUGAUGUGGAAAUGGCUAAUGCAUCAAAUACCAUGGAUCAGAACCUUGGUUUAUUCCUUGAAGAAGCUGAGAUUGUCAAGAAGGAAAUGGGAUCAAUCCGCGAAAUUCUUGACAGUCUUCAACAAUCCAAUGAAGAAAGCAAAUCAUUACACAAAUCAGAAGCUGUAAAAUCUCUGCGCAAUAUAAUCAAUGCAGAUAUUGUUACUGUACUCAAAAAAGCAAGAGCUAUCAGAGCUCAACUAGAAGAAAUGGACAGGGCUAAUGAAGCUAACAGGCGAUUAUCUGCGUUUAAAGAAGGAACACCAAUUUAUAGAACCAGAAUUGCAGUCACCAAUGGUUUGAGAAAAAAGUUAAAAGAGCUAAUGAUGGAUUUUCAAGGAUUAAGGCAAAAAAUGAUGGCUGAGUAUAAAGAAACUGUAGGAAGAAGAUAUUUUACAGUUACUGGAGAAUAUCCUGAUGAGGAAGUAAUUGAAAAGAUAAUUUCUGAUGAUAACGGAGGUGAAGAGUUCUUGAAACGCGCAAUCCAAGAGCAUGGGAAAGGGAAAGUAUUGGAGACAGUAGUGGAAAUACAGGAUAGGCAUGACGCAGCAAAAGAGAUUGAGAAGAGCUUGUUAGAACUGCACCAGGUGUUCUUGGAUAUGGCAGUUAUGGUGGAAGCACAAGGAGAGCAAUUGGAUGAUAUUGAGCAUCAUGUGUUAAAUGCUAGUCAUUAUGUGAAAGAUGGUGCAAAAGAGCUCAAGACUGCUAAAGAUUAUCAGAGAAGUAGCAGGAAGUGGUUGUGUAUUGGGAUUAUACUUUUGUUGCUGAUCAUUCUUGUUAUUGUCAUACCUAUUGCUACUAGUUUUAGUCAUUCUUGAAGUAGAGGGUUCUAUGGAGGAUUUAAUGACCUGUUAUUCCUUCUGGUUUGUUUCUAGCUUUAAUUUGGACAAGUAAGAUCUAGUCCUUGUUCUGGGACUGUUUAAGGUUCUGCUUAUAUUGGUAUUUGUUUAUUCUUGUUUCAAGUAAUGCCGUGAUGUAAAAGUCCUAAAAAGUUCUAAGAAAUAUGAUAUGAGUAGUCUUUCAAUUGA